UCCAAUAAGAUGAAAUUCCUUCUAAGCGAAGUCGCUUCCUCUAGCCCAUACCCUUCAUCGACUAUAUAGACAAUAAACACGGUUGAUUUCGCUUGAUUGAAUUAGUUAACAAGAGACCCUAUCAAUUGAAUAUUCCAUAUAAUGGCAAAUGAGAACGUCUCUGAUCUCGAUUUUGUUGAUGAGUUCUACUUCUCUGCGCUCCUCGAUAACGAAGAGCAACACGAAGUCUUUCCAGUUUCGGACGCCAAAUACGCUGAGGAGCUGCAAUUCCAGGAGGCUCUAAUGGGUUGUGUGAUCAUUUCACAGAUGGAGAAGAAUAACCCAUCAUCGGUUUUGAUGAUUGAAGCAGCCCCAGAGCCAAAUAACCUUGAAGCUGGUCAGUCCUCCUGCAGUUUCUGCGAUAUUUGUGUGGAAAGAAAAGAAAGGAACCAAAUGUUCACAACUGAUAGCUGUGUUCACUCUUACUGCUCCGAUUGUAUAAGCAAACAUGUGGCUACAAAGAUUCAGGACAGCAUUACAAUCGUUACUUGUCCUGGGGUGGAUUGUAAGGCAGUGCUUGAACUGGAAACUUGCAGGGUAAAACUCAACAAGGGAGUGAUUGAUCUUUGGGAGGAGGCGCUAUGCGAGGAGCUAUUCAGCGGUUCGCAGAGAUUUUACUGCCCAUUUAAGGACUGCUCGGCCAUGCUGAUGGUUGAUAACGGAGGUGAAGCUAUUAGGGAAGCUGAGUGCCCCUUCUGCCAUAGAUUGUUUUGUGCUCGAUGUUAUGUCCCUUGGCAUUCUGGGGUUGUGUGUGAGGAGUACCAGAGGCUGAAUGAGCACGAGAGAGGAAGAGAAGAUUUGAUGGUGAUGGAACUUGCUAGAGACAACAAAUGGACUAGAUGUCCUCGCUGCAAAUUCUUCGUGGAAAGAACAGCAGGUUGCCCGCAUAUGACUUGCAGGUGUAGUUUCCAGUUUUGCUAUGGAUGUGGAGUGGAGUGGACACCAAGUCAUGGUGGUUGCCAGAGAAACUAGUUUGGCUGGAGAAAGCGUGAGAGUGGUAUGAGUUUACAAUAACAAUAGGUAUAAUACAAGAGACUACUAAGAAGUUGCUUCCUUGAUGGAGAGAGUUUUUUGUCAAGAAAGGAUUGAAGCAUAUGACUGUUUUUGAAUGAUUAGAAAAAUGCAAAAUUGCAUUAUAUGACCUUUAAGGCUCUAUUUUAUCUGUGUUUUGAAAGUUUAUGGCUCAGAAGUCAGAAGAGUGAGCUGUUUGCCUACUAGGAUUUGUUCGUGCAUGUUUACAUUAUGAUUGAGUGUCCAUUUAUAUUUAAUUCUAAUGUUCUAAUGUGAUGCAUGUGAUCAAGAUUUUGAUUUUUAUUGUAA